AUGGGGAAUGAUUCAAGUGUCGAUGUGUUAGGCGUUGGCACAUACAAGUUGAUCAUGCAAGUAUCAUCCACUCCUUAUGAAUUAUGGACAUGCAGGAAACCAAAUUUAGAGCACCUGCGCCCUUGGGGUUCGGCAGCUUAUGUACAAAACACUUCUCACAAGUAUGGAAAGUUGGGUCCUAGAGGAAGGAAGUGUAUUUUUAUAAGAUACCCUGAUCACUCUAAGGGAUAUGUGUUCAUUGGAAAGCAGCCAGAUGGAAGUUUGACUGAGAUUGAGUCACGGAAUGUUGAAUUCUUCGAGGAGAAUUUUCCUUAUAGAAGUGAGGUUCGAAAUGAAAUUGAGUUCCAUGAGAUGGAUGACUCUGACAUUGGCGCUUCUAUUCGUUCAGUCGAGGGAGAGGAGGCGACUCCGAUACCUCCUGGGGAUAGUGGGAGCGACUUGCCUUUAGAUAAGGAGCCUCAAAUUCGUAGGAGCGCACGUACGGAUUUACGUCUCAUCGGUUAUAGCGAUGCGGAUUGGGCUGGUGACCUAGAUGAGCGUAAGUCGACCUCAGGAUAUGCAUUCUUACUUGGUAAUGGCGCCAUAACUUGGAGUAGUAAGAAACAGACCUGCAUAGCUCUUUCCACCAUGGAGGCGGAGUUCGUGGCGUGUUCUGCAGCAGCCCAGGAGGCUAUCUGGAUGAGAAGGUUCCUUCGAGAUAUUGGGAUUGUCGCUUGUACUUCCGUUCCUGUGACAAUCUAUUGUGACAGUAUGGCAGCGAUUGCAUACGCGAAGGACCCGAAAUAUCAUGGCAAGACAAAGCACAUCGACUUAAAGUAUCACUUUGUUCGUGAGGCAGUGGCGCAGAAGGAAAUAAUCCUGGAACACAUCUCUACGAGUUGCAUGGUGGCAGAUCCUCCGACUAAGCCUAUUGUUAGAGAAUCUUUUUUGGCUCAUGUUAAAGCUCUUGGACUCCGUAGGAUUUGA